UUCCAACGACACACAAUCAUUUCCGUCUGGUUAGCAGCUCUCUGGCGGUAACUGUGAAGUGGAGUUCCCCAGCAGCUACUGUAACGUUACAUACAGUUUUAUUUAUAAUGGCGGGUUAAGUGCUCACACUGACCGCUGGCGUUGUUAGCUGUAUGUUUAGUUGACACGGUGUACGGUAGCAGAGUCAACCAACCUAACGUCACCCAGCACGAACUUUUAGUUUCAUGUUUGUAGUUCCGUUAGCAUGGACGCUAUCGGGGAAACAACUAGCACGGCCUCAGAAGAAGAGCAUGAACGUCUCACACAGGACGAAGAGGAGGACGAAGAGGACGACCUGGAGCUAGCGUUAGCAAACAUGACAGUGACAGACCUGCUGCAGAAGGUGCAGGCCGUGCAGACGGAUAGCACGACGAAAGAGCUGGGCAUCAACACGGAGUCGGAUUGGGAGAGUCAGGUGGCGGCCAUGUUGGAGUACAGCUCCGACCUGACGGGGCAGUACGACAGUGUGAUGAGGAAGCAGGGCGAAGAUGAAGUGUCACAUGAGAAAGACAAACAACAACUGCAUAAGAAGAAGGAGGAGGCCACGCGCCAGCACCAGGCUCUUCUGGACAAACUGGAGUCUUUGCGAGUUAAACUGCAGCUGAACAACUCCAAAGCCACCAGGAAGAACUUCCUAGCCAAGAAACAGGAAAUGACCUCAGAGAAGAACAGAGCAGAAGAGGAGAGGAACAGGCUGGCCAAGGAGCUGGAGGAGAGUGAGAGGAAGCUAACGGCGCUCACAGAGGAGCAGAGCGAGGAGCAGAGGAGGUGGCAAGAGGAGCUGGACGAGCUGAGGCAGGAGAUGGAGCGCGUGAGGAAGGAGGCGCAGGAGGCCGAGCUGCUGGCCCUACAGGAUGAGAUCGCCGCCGUGGAAAAGCAGAGAGACGUCGCCAUGGCUCGCAUCGAGGCCUGGCUGGACGAGGUGGGGCAGUAUCUGAACGCUCUCAGGGUGGAGUUUCCGCAGCAGUACCCUCAGGAGAGGCAGAAGUGGGAGAAGAAGGAAGGUCUGGUCCGGAAGAACCAAGCAGAGCUCCAGAGCCGUUUUCAGGAGGUUCUGCAGCAGCUCCAGCAGGGUCGGGAGUUAGAGUCCCUCCCCAGGAUCAAUGUGCCAUCUCUGCCGCAGGUCCCCAUGGCUGACCUUAGAUUCAAUCAGGUGAUGCAGUCACUGGUCCGCCCUCAGUUCACGCCCCCUCCUCCACAACAACAAGUGAACCGACCAUUCCUUUCCCAGAGACACCCACACUUCUACCAACAGUACCAGCCCCCUCACCAUCCCCAGUACCGCCCCCGCUACCACCAACCACCACCCCACCACCACUUCCAACCUCCCUUCCCACCCCGGCACCAACCUCCACAGCAGUUCCAGCCUCAGCCCCAGUAUCAGCCCUACAUCAGAGUUCCACUGAGGGUGACUCCACCUCCGAGUCUCUCCCCGUCCCCUCCUGUUCAGCCUAUCCACCCUGUAGUUCCUUCCCCACCUCCCCCCGCUGCUGCUGCCGCUGCCGCCACCUCCGCCCCAGCCGGCAAACUAGACAAGGUUCUGGAGAAGCUUGGAACCCGGUUCCCUCAGUGCAACAGGGCUCAGCUGACGUCGCUGCUCCAGCAGGUGAAGAGCUCCCGCGGCACGCUCGCCGGCAUGUCCAUGGAGGAGGUCAUCGAGCAGGUCGGCUUCAAGCUGGUACAGAACGAGAGGUCGGCCCCGGGGCCCAUCAGCCGGCCCACACCGCCCGGCCCCAUCCAGAGGCCGGCCCCUCCCCCACAGAGAGCAGCAGCGGCAGGUGGAGGUCAGCCUGCCGGGGCCCGUAAACUCUGCCUGAUGUGCCAAAACCACGUGGAUCCAGAGAGCCGCCACCCACUGAGCUGCUCCCACACCAUCCACAAAGACUGCAUCAAAGUGUGGUUGCAGUCCAGCAAGAACAACUCCUGCCCCUUCUGCCCGGGGAAGUGAUGGAGAAACCCAGAAACUUCAGCAGUGACUCUAAUCAGUGGCAGUUCCAAAGAUGACUCUGAAAUGUUCAACACUGAAUGUCUCUGUUGACGACAGAUGAGGCUUUUCAGUAUGUUCUUUGAUAAAUACAACUUACAAUAAAGAAAAGGAGUGAAUUGUUAAGGCUGGUGAAUAAAACAGGUACAUCGUUAAUCAUGUUAUACCAUUGAGAGUACGUAUGCAAGAAGCUAAUUCUUCUCAUGGUAACAUGCUAAUUGGGUUUGAUAUGGUUGGAAAACAAAAAUCUGAUCGUAAUAUAUUUUUCUACAAAUUUUAUUUUAGUUUAACAAAACAAAUCACAUGCAGCCAAACAAGAACGCUGGCAAAAUAAAUAUUGGGAACAUUUUGAUUUUGAGAAAAUAAAAGAACUAAGAAUAAAAAAUAAUUUGACCAAACAUUUGAUACUAACUUUCACCAGACAGUUUCAAGAGAAGUGUUAAGGUUUUAUACCUGGGCCUAAUGCUAAUUUUAACAUGCCAAUAGUCAGCAUGUUAUCAUAUAACAUUAACCACAGUAGCAUGCUAAAAUGGCUACAGUUGACAGUUUAUCGGGUCAUGUUUAGCAGAAGAGUAGCAUGACUAUAUUACUGUGGCAACACUCUUACAAAAAUGCUAAAGCUAGCAUGAACGUUUUACAGUAGGCAUAGAAAUCUUCCUUUUUGUUUGUGUGUAUCAAAACAAGUGUAUAAAUGUGAUUACAUUUUAGUUUGUGUGCGGAUCAAACAAACGAGAUUCAACUAAUAAAUGAGCUUUAGAGUUC